UCACUUGCGCCAUCUCACCGCUCCCGAACGGCCACCGCGCAAACUAGCUGACGGAACUGGGACGGUCGGCCGUAAAAAGCCAAAAUGGCGGAGCUUGGCAAAAACGAGAGACGCGUCCUGCUGUGUGUGAUCAGCGGAAAUUGAGUGAAAUACGACCGAACUGUGUGUGAAACCGUGCCGGAAGUGUUCCCCCGAGGCGCCAGGAUCCGGAUUCUAUCGAGUCGUGUCGAAGUACGCUCCACGGCAGAGUACAAAUCCAUCGGAAGAACGUUCGGAACGUUCGUAUGCAAAGGUAGCGGAAGAAAACUAGAGGCAAAAAAGUAAGAAGAGCAAAAAAAGGAAGAGUGCAUCGCGCCGUGAGUGCUGUGUUGUGUGUAGCUGGACACUUCUGUGGGAAGAGCUACCAGAAAAUUGGCUACGGGAAGCGCGGAAAGUGCGCUUUGUGUGUGCUUUUUUUUGCCCUUCGGAUGGCAGCUCUCGUUCGCUGACUAGGAAGGCGAAUUUCGGGAUCGUGUUUUGUGACAGUUAUCGCGACUGAUUCGGAGCGCGGAGGAAGAUACCGCGGCAUUGCUGCUGCGACCAGUGUGCACUGAUCCGGUUUCCUUUGUUUCGCUUGUAACAAGUCGGCCAACUGGCGGAUACUAAUGCCAACAACUAUCAGCUGAGCUUUGCACAUGAAUUUGUAGUUAGCAGUAGAGUGAGGUGCGAAAAAAAUAUAAAUAUGAAUGUUGCUUUUAUAUCGCUGCGAAGAAAAGAAGAAGGUAGCGUGAAAUAGGCUAACGCAACAUAAUACAACGAAAAGAGGAUAGUGAAGUAACACAGAAAGCACGCGAAAAGUGAGAGUGCGAAUUGCUGAUAAUGGUCAGCAUUGUGUAAGCUAGGAAGCGUUGAUCGAGCGGCGAUCCAGUUUCGAUUUACCUAGUAUGGAAGCGGAAGGAUAAAAAAUAUUAAACGUCAAAAUAUUGUCAUAACAAGAAGUGAGUGGGGGAGAAAUAAAAACAAAACAACCACACCACUAAACAGAAGAAGUAUAUUGCGCUCGGGCCGCUCGGUGUGUUUGUGUCAGUUUGGAUGGUGUACAUACAUCGGGCGUAUUUUAUUCGCGUAGUGUUUGUGAAAGGAAAAAUUUCCCUCUUAGUAGCGGGCUAUUAUCACGGAACGGAGAGUGCGAGCUUAGUGGACACACAGACGCUGUGGGUGUGAGUGCGCGCACGAUUGGAAGACGCUAAACAGGAGAGGGGUUGGUUGAAGGGAAGCAGAAAACAACCCCGCGGCCACUAUGACAACAAACAUGUAUCGGGUCGGAGACUAUGUCUACGUGGAGACAUCGUCGACCUCCCCGUACCAGAUCCGUCGAAUCGAUGAGCUCAACAAAACGCCCAACGGCAACGUGGAGGCGAAAGUGAUGUGCUUCUACCGGAGGCGAGAUCUGCCCACACCGCUCGUGCAAUUAGCUGAUAAGCAUCAAAUGGCCACAUCAGAAGACUCUCCCGUCGCGAUGAAGCUGAAAAAGUUGUGGCUGAAAACACCGGUCGGUGAGGAACAGGCCGCUCAAGCUGUGUUAGAUCCUGCCCUAGUUGCCCUCGAGGAGGAACGGAACAGUCCGAACAGCAACAGCGGUGGCAGCGACCGGUCCGAGCAGCUAAACCCAAAGCAGCGGCACCAGAUGAAGCACCGUGAGUUGUUCCUAUCCCGCCAAGUAGAAACCCUGCCGGCCACCCAGAUCCGGGCCAAAUGCUCGGUGACACUGCUUAACGAGGAGGAAUCGCUGUUAAGCUAUCUAAACAAAGACGAUACCUUCUUCUACUGCCUGGUGUUUGAUCCAACGCAGAAGACCUUGCUAGCGGAUAAGGGUGAGAUCCGCGUCGGGAACCGAUAUCAGACCGAGCUGCAGUCCCUGCUCAAGGACGGUGAGAAGUACGAGCGCAAUCUCGAGGAUAUGGAAACGCUAGUGUGGACCCCUAACCAUGCGCUCAGCGAUAAAAAGAUCGACCAGUUUCUGGUGGUGUCCCGAUCGGUUGGUACCUUCGCCCGAGCGCUCGAUUGUACCAGCUCGGUGAAGCAACCGUCCCUGCAUAUGUCGGCUGCGGCCGCUAGUCGUGAUAUUACUUUGUUUCAUGCGAUGGACACCCUCCAUAAGCACAAUUACUCGAUAGAGGACGCAAUGUGUUCGUUAGUGCCCUCAAGUGGGCCGGUGCUGUGCCGUGACGAGAUGGAGGAGUGGAGUGCUUCCGAAGCGAAUCUGUUCGAGGAUGCACUGGAAAAGUACGGCAAAGAUUUCAACGACAUACGGAACGACUUUCUGCCAUGGAAGACGCUCAAAAGCAUAGUGGAGUACUAUUACAUGUGGAAAACGACAGAUCGAUACGUGCAGCAGAAACGAGUAAAAGCCGUCGAGGCAGAAUCGAAGCUGAAACAGGUGUACAUUCCCAAUUACACAAAACCCAGUCCGGCGUUGAUCACGAAUAACAACAAGAGUAUCCUGAACGGCAACUCGAAUGGUAGCAGCGGCGUUGAGGUACUAACGAUUAGUGGGGGCAAGCCGUGUGAGUCGUGUUCGACGUCAGCGUCACUACAGUGGUACUCCUGGGGCCCAUCGCAUCUGAGUUGUCGUCUCUGUCAGAACUGUUGGAACUAUUGGAAGCGUUAUGGAGGCCUUAAAGUAGCAUCCCGAUUAGCGGAUAGUGGUGAUAUUGAUACGACGACAGCAGCACUCGGAGGCCCCGGCGGCACUCCCGGAGCUGUGUCACUAAAAAAGCAACGAGUCGGAACUGGGACCGAACCCGGCAGUGCCGGUAGCGAUAUCGAUGAUGAUCUCACGAUUGUAGCUAGCAGUGGCCCAAUCGGAAGUUUAGGAGUGACGACGGGAGUUCAGUUCGCUAAUAUUCGAUCCAAAAACAGUCCAUCCUUCAAAUGCUCCAUCGUGAAUUGUGGCAAAGAGUUCAAACUGAAGGUUCAUUUGGCGCGACACUACGCGCAGGCACACGGAAUUCAGAUCCGAUCGGGAUCGCCGCGACCGAUCAUGAAAACGCGGACAGCAUUCUAUCUGCAUACCACGCUGACCACGCGGGUUUCCAGGCGAUUGUGUAGACACAUCAUACGUUCGAAAAAAGCCGCACGACAGCCAUCGUACGCGGUCAAUGUCGCAGUAGUAAAACAGGAAUUCGCCACCGCUGAAGCGGGCAAAAGCAUAGCGGAUAUCCGACGGUUGCUAACAUACAAGAAGCGCGAUCGGGGUAGCGUGACACAUAUCGCAAACCGUCUCGGCAAUCCAGGACCGACCGUUGGCGAUUGGCUCAUACUGACCCCGAAGGAUAAAAUGCCAAAGCCUGAGGUGGUAGCAUUCCCCAAGCCACCGAAAGCGCCCGAUGGCAGUCUACUGUAUGAACGGAUACCAAAUAAACCCGAGGCUGAGAAAAUCCCGUUGAAUCCUCCUCCGGCCGUCGUGAUGACGACUAGCAGCGGUGGCACCGGUACGACAACGGUUGGCGUUCCAAUUGUUAGUAUGAACGCGAUCGGAGGACCUGCUGCGCUAUCAGUGACACCGGCGGUCACGGUUGCCCCCGCAGGUAUACCAACGCUCGGAAGUACGGCUGGGGUGACAACCGGUCGAAACACUCCGAACGCGGCUACCACUAUUAUAGUGGGUAGCACCAACACUCCGACGUCACUCAAACGCAGACACUACGAGGAUGCCAAUGGAAUCGAUGGUCCAAUUGUAAUCCCGGCAAAGCGACCGAACAAGGAUCCCAUGCCGUCUCAUCGUCCCACACCAGAACAGUAUGCGGCCAUGAUGGCCGCAGCACAAGCAUCCGGUCAACCUCUCCCGCGGCAUCAUAUGAAUGGUAAACCAAAAAUUGCACAACUAGCACGGACCGGUUCCGGGCGAAAGCAGGUCAUCAGCUGGAUGGAUGCACCCGACGAUGUUUACUAUCGAUCAACCAAAGCGAGCAGGAAAACGCGCCGUAAAAUCCCGAUCACCGAACUGCGGCGGUCGGCGCGGAAGCCCUGGCGUAAUCUGCACCCGAAGUAUGCGGCGAUCAUCGCUACCCUGCUGCCACCAGUCCCGCCCGUUUCGGCCGCUACCGCCGCCGCUGUAGCCGCUGCAGCAGCCGCGGCAGCAGCUGGUAUACCCUCCCAGCCACCUACGACGCUUCCACCUCAGCUGACGGCCCAGCUGAACGCCACCGGCCAGCUUCCUCAUUCUGCCGUUGCCGCUAACCUUAAUCUCAAUCUCAAUACUAGCAUUGCCGCGACCGCUGCCCUGGCCGGUGUUCACCCGCUGGCUGCCCAACUGGCGACCAGCAACAGCAAAAACAUUAGCAGUAGCACAAGCAUCAAUAUUAGCAGUAGUAGCAAUAAUAAAGCCAACAGUGAUCUACAGGUUGUAAUUCUAGACUGACCCGAACCUUCGAAACAACUGCAACAACAGCAUCAAGCGCACCCGACGCCGUCGUCUCAACACCACCAUCAACAGCAACAGUCGUCGGCGCCGCCGCCGCCGCCACAUCCAUACACGAUGGAAGCACUGCUCAAUUAACGAUUAGUUUACUAAGAACGGUUGAGAACAAGUUCUAAUGAUUAAGAAAAAAAAGAAAUCGUUUUCGUUUUUUCUUUCCGAUUUUAUCUUAAUUUUAGGACUCGCGUAUGAUGUUGAAAAAGCACAUCAAAAAACUAUUUAAAUAUUUCAAGUGUAAACUAUUAAUUCUCUGUGAGACAAGAAAAAACCUAGUAGCGAAACGAGAAAAAUAAGAAAAAACAAUGAGAGUUUAGUAAUAAUAAUAAUUGCGUCACGCGGAGAAUUCGAGAGAAUUUCGCGUUACGAAUCUAAAAAUAGAGUGGGAUAGACACAGAAUAAAUUAAGGUAGUUUCCGUACGCUUGUGAAUGGAAGAACGAAAGUGAGAAAAAGAGAGAAAGAGAGAGAAAAAGAAAUUCCGAGGUCCGCAAAAAAAGUCGUGCUGGAGAAAUGCGAGUUUCAAUAUAUUUUUUGUAAAAAGUAAAACACAUCGCUCCCUUCCUCUUUAUUAAGAGUAACACUUCUUGAAAUGAUGAAAAAGGCAAAGAAAACAAAAAAUUAACAAGCAGAACAAAAAGUGAAAAAUUCGUGAAGGAAGAAAUGAUAAUAAACUAAACUCAAUUUACUACAAAAACUAGAUGAAUACAAAAGAAAAAGCGAAGAAAAAAAAGAUAACACUGUCGAGCAGAAGGAAUAUCAUUAACUUUUUUCCACCUUUGAUGAAAAACCUCUCUCAAAAUAUACAAGCAACUAUUGAAAAUCACAA